AUCUUCGAGAAGUUCGACACCGACAAAGAUGGCAUCCUCAACUUGAAAGCGUGGAGCCAAGAGUUCAACGAGCUCCAGGUCAGCACCGAAGGUGGAGAGGCCAUGUACAACAGCGACCAGCUCAAGCAACUGCUCAUCGCCGUGAAUCCUGACGUGAAGGCUCCAGAAAAAGGCAUGCCUUUUUCAGACUACCGCAGACUCUACUUGGAGGGUGGCCUACGACGGGUAACCUCCCCCUGCCUUUGUGCUGCUGGACUCUGUAUCCUAGCUGCUAGCUGUGGUUUGCACUACAGAGCCGUGCACGAUUUUUGCAGCCACUUCGGCUGCCUUCAGCACAUAUGA